UCAAUUGCAAGCCACACAUACGUAGAUAAGCUUGCCAUCCUUGAAUCCAUCCAACGAUUCACAAACCAAUACCAACAUGACCCUCAUCUCAGAUUUCCUCCACACUACUCAUAUCACCGCAAAUGAACUCCCACGCAUACUUCUCACUCUUCUUUUACUACUUCUUGUCCUCUUUACGCUCUCUUGCAACUACGCAUGGAUGAAGAAAAGAACCUCGCUUUCGCUACUGCCUCCGGGCCCACGUGGCGUCCCGUUAUUCGGGAACCUCCUCUCUCUUGACUCGGAGCUUCACUCCUACGUCAUGAGCUUGGCCCAAAUCUACGGGCCCAUAUUCAGGCUUCAGCUCGGCAACAAGAUUGGAAUUGUGGUGAACUCACCUUCCCUGGCUUGCCAAGUUCUCAAAGACCACGACCUCACCUUUGCGAACCACGACGUCUCAGCAGCGGGCAGGGCAGCCAGCUAUGGUGGGUCCGAUAUUGUAUGGACCCCAUAUGGGCCUGAGUGGCGGAUGUUGAGAAAAGUGUUCAAGGUGCUUAGUAAUACAGGGUUGGACUCCGUUUACAUGAUUCGUCGUAAACAAGUCCGAGAAACAGUUAGGUACUUUUAUAAUCGGGUUGGGUCACCCGUAAACAUUGGGGAGCAGAUGUUCUUGACUGUGAUGAACGUGAUUACGAACAUGAUGUGGGGUGAAACAGUGGAAGGGGAAGAGGGGGCUAGCCUAGGUGCUGAUUUCAGAGAAGUGGUGUCGUUGAUGACAGAGCUUAUGGGGAAGCCCAACAUCUCGGAUUUUUAUCCGGGUUUGGCCAGGUUUGACUUGCAAGGCAUAAAGAGGCAGAUGGAUGGGUUGGCCAAACGGUUUGAUCGGAUCUUUGAUGUUAUGAUAAACCAACGACUGAAGAUUGAUAAAGAAGGUGGGAACAAAGGGAGUAAGGAUUUUUUGCAGUUCUUGUUGAAGUUGAAGGAUGAAGGUGAUUCUAAGACACCUCUCACCAUGAUACACCUCAAGGCCUUGUUCAUGGAUAUGAUGGUCGGUGGGACAGAGACAUCCUCCAACACACUUGAGUUUGCCAUGGCUGAAAUCAUGAACAAACCGGAGGUGACGAGGAAAACCCAAGAAGAAUUGGAGGCUGUAGUUGGCAAAGAUAACAUUGUAGAAGAGUCUCAUAUUCACAAACUACCAUACUUACAAGCUGUAAUAAAAGAAACAUUGCGGUUACACGCACCCGUGCCAUUAUUAGUCCCUCGUUGCCCAAGUGAAACAUGCACCGUGGGAGGCUACACCAUUCCAAAUGGGUCUAGGGUCUUUGUGAAUGUAUGGGCGAUACAAAGGGACCCCUCUAUUUGGGAAAAUCCAUUAACUUUUGAUCCAAAGAGGUUCCUGGAUGGUAAAUGGGACUAUAGUGGAAGUGACUUUAGUUAUUUUCCGUUUGGGUCUGGUCGAAGAAUAUGCGCUGGAAUUGCAAUGGCUGAGAGGAUGAUGAUGUAUUCACUUGCUACACUUCUGCAUUCUUUUGAUUGGAAACUUCCCCAAGGAGAGAAGCUGGACCUUACUGAAAAGUUUGGGAUUGUGCUGAAAAAAAAGAUCCCUCUUGUCGCAAUACCUACCCCAAGGUUAUAUGAUCCAUCUAUGUAUGAGUAGGACUGCCCAAGGCCUAGGCCUAAGGUCCCUACUACAAAAAACUUCUACCCCUUCAUAAAGAAGGCCGCAUCGCCCAUUUUAGAAAGUCCCAAAAUUUAUAAUAAUAAAUUUAAAAAAAUGAUUCUGCAUUUUA